AUGCCUGAUACAAUGCAUAGAGUUCGGCUUGUCCAAAGGAAUCAAACGCUAAAACUUUGCUACAUUUUCAGUAGCAAUGACAAUUGUAACUUGGACGUUGUGGAAAAAUUACUUUCCUGCAUAAAAGACAAGCUGGGAAUCAAAAUGUUCGCUUUUAAGAAUCAUUUUAGCCUGUCGGACUCAACAGAGAUGUGUGAGAGUAUUAUUCCCGAUUUGCCAAUGGAUUUUGCAAUGUUUGUCGUCCAUGCGAACGAAGAUCGAUUUUUAAUCAAUGAAGACAGCGCGAGGAUUUACAGAGCUUUAUUGAACGCCACAGGUAAGUCUAAUGUAGUACUCGUUUGUUGUCCCUGUGUAAAAUAACACGCAUAAUAUUCAAUUCCAUCGAUGAUAAUCAGUCUAGCAUCAUAUAAACCACCCGCAGAGUAAACUUUUCAACCAGAAAGUCGAAAAUCGUGAGACAAACAAAACCCUUUCGUAUCAAUGAAAGCGACCUGAAUUCGAGAACAAUAGGUAUUGCUCUAUAAGGACAAAAACGAUCAACGUGAAAUGAUAGCUUUUACGCGCGGGAAACUCAACAUUUCCGAUAACUUCUCUCCGAUGAAGUCUGAAUUUUCGGUGCUACGGAAGUAAGGAGCAAUUUCAACCCAGGGGGAGGGUAAGAGUUACAGUAGUCAGAACUUAACAUACGACGCAGUAGUGGUAGUGUGAGGUAAGUGCUGAACAGACGACUUGACCAGUUGCCUCCUUGUGUUUUAUUUCUCGCUUGUCCUAGUGGCAGCAAUUCUUACGCAAAACAUACUCAUCUUGCUCGUUAAUAUUUCUGUUAGAAACUAACAAAUAGGUUUCGAAUAGAAGCAGCUGAGAACUUACAAUUCAGUUUGUUUGAUCGCACACGCUUUGGUUGUAAUUUUUCCUCCUAGUAUAUUAAUACUGGCUAUCCUGUUUCUGAGAUGGCAACAUUCAAAUUUCGCGCUAGAGAUCUUUUAAUCUACAGUCAUCUACGUACAAAUGAAAGUAAUUUUUUACAGUCGUUCGUUAGAGCAUAGAUUAAAAUUUAUGUCACAUAUUAUUCAUGUAUUGAAAAGCGUGGUAAACAAUAGGGAAUAAAAUCAAACCGUUUCUUCUGAGUAAACAAAAAACUGAAAAAAUCGCACCUUCUUAUUAACUGCCAGCCAAGUCUAAAAGACGUCUCAAAGCCCCGACACUGAUAUUAUCAUUGCUCUCUUCGAGUGAAAAUUACACGUCCUUGGUGCUGACCAUCUCUAACCCGAAGUGAUUUCUCGCGCGCUGAUUGGUCAAAAGCUGUGGUCGACAAGAGCACCAUGGAAAUGAGGUGAUGGUGUUGCACUUCGUUGUACUGAGACCACUCGCCUGAGGCUCGGGGUUCUACUUGAGUUUUGAAUAUUUUCCAGUCAUUUCUAUGGUGGAUAAGAGUCAAGACCACGGUCGAUUAUUGUUUAAUACCCCAGCUAAAAUCAGUGAGAAAACGGGAAAGGAGCCCUUUGAUUUCGUUUUGAAAUUGAACCAAAAAUUAAGGAACUGGCGAAAUUUAGAAAGUUUCACAAACACAGCAGAGUAAAGCAGGUGUUUACUAUGCUGCAUUGUAAAAUAUAUCACCCCAUGUAAGGGAAUCUGAGACGGUUGGAAUCAGGAUUCCUUGCCAUGGAUUCCGGAUUCUAUUUUAUUAGUGGAACUUGGACUCCGAAUUCAGGAUUCCUAGAGCUGUAUGUCGGAUUCCAAAGCCCAGAAUUCCGGAUUCCGGAAUCCAGAAUUCCUUCACGUGAGGAGAAAAUUAAAUGUGGUGACUCAGACCCAGGUUACUGCAAAGGUUUUUUUCAGUUUUAAAACAUCGCGUGAUGCACGUGCAGAGCGGUUGCUUUGCGCAUAAAAACAAUUGUUUUUUUUGACGUUGACGACAAAGACAACCGCUCUGCACGUGCAUCACGCGAUUUUUUAAAAAAACUGAAUCAUUGGAUAAUGCAAUUCUAGAGCUCUGAUUGGCUUAGCCAUUAUGGUAUAUGAGCCGUGAUACCAUGCUCUCCAAAUACUGUAACUGAACGGGGCUGCUCAAAAUUAAGAACAUGUUGAAAAUCGGUUGUUUUUACAAGUAAAGUCGGAAAGAGUUCUCGAUAUUUCUCCGGGCGUUUUUUAUAAAUCAAUUAUUCCAGUCGCGCUUGUCGGAUAAGAGAUGAUUAUCGUCGGCUAUCUACCAUCUCAUAUUCAACGCGCACUCGUGGAAUAAUUGUUAAUUAGUACAUUUACGUAACAUCCACUACACGACCACGACAUAAAACCAUCUAAUGCGACGUUUUACACUGCUAAAUAAUUAAACUUCAGGAAAAAUCCCCUACUUUUGACAGAUAGGCCAUUUUACAGUUAGGGGUGGGAACGAGGCUAGAGUUUACCUUGUUUUGAUGCAACCAAGUUCCUGCUUUCGACUACAAAUCAUGCUGUUCUUAUGCUUACUAGUAUUUUCAACUAGCAUAAUUUCCAUAAGAAAACAAUGGAGUUUUGUAUAAGAACAAGGUCACCCUUAGCCUCACAUUCACUCGAAGGCUAAGGCACUAAGCCCACAAUUCAUGUAAAAUGAUCUAUUGAGCGGGUACAAGUAGACGUGAUAAAGUUUGUAAGGACCCAAAUUAUUUUUUGCCACGUUUUCACUGACAUCGUCGUCAAUGUUGCCUAACCUCAAUAUAUGGAGAGCAAACUGUAGUCACGACGACUACAGUUUGCUUUAUAGCUCUUUCAGUCAAGAUGGCUACCAAACGUUUUUUCGAAUUACCAUUUUUAUUCAAACCAUUUUUCACACCCAGAGCUAGUGAUCUGUUAAUCAAGGUGAGGGCUCCAUACUAGACUUGCUACAAGUCGACCUCUUGGCGAACGGAGCUCGCUUUUUAGGCUGCGAAGCGACCGACCGAGCGUCCCGCGCCAUAUUAAAUUCGACGAAGGACUUUUUUGAAAGUCUAGUUCCAUACCAAAGGUAGUUUGUAGUUCGCGCAUGCUUAUUAGGUGGUUUUCCAUUGCGUUUGCUCUGUUUCUCGAGUUGGACUUCUACGUUGUGCAAUUGACGGCCUUUCCUAAGUCAUUGCUGAGCGAUGAGUCAGAACUACCUACUAUUUGUGGAGGCGUGUGUGGCCGAGCGGUUAACACCUCGAACUUCCGAUCUGGGGGUCUUAAGUUCAAGCCUCGCCCGUCGCGUUUAUUCUUAACCAAGGAACUUAACUCAACAUUGUCUCUUUUCACCCAAGUGUAUGAAUGGGUACCGCGACAUACUGUUGGGGGUAACCCUGUGAUGGACUAGCAUCCCGUCCAGGAGGGAGUAGCAAUAUUCCCAAGCACGCUUCAUGCUAAGGAAGCCAGGAUAAGCUCCGGCCGCGGGACCUUUGGCUCGUGUACGCCUUUACCUUUAUUACCUUUCCUGCUACUGCCUCCUCUAAAGAAACAGAAUUUUACCUAAGUCAGUUUAUACUUUUUGAAAAAUAACUCAAGAUCGGCUCAUUAGGGGAUCUUUCUGUUGCUUCAGGUGAUAGAGCAAUUUGUGUGAUUACUGGGGACAGGAACCACGCAGAAGAACAAGGCGCCGACGCGGUUUUAUCACACUGGGCACGAAGGCAAGUUUCCUCUCAGUUUAGCGAGGAGUUCUUGGAUGGAAGGAAAAGUUUCAUAUUAUCGUGGGACAAGCAACACAGAGCAAUUCACGAAGAAGCUAUACUGCAUUACUUUGAUCCUUGUAAAAAGAACAAAACAUUUGUUCCAGUCGAACACCGAAAACAGGACAAACAGGUUUGUCUGACUUGCGUUGGCAGAUACUAUUUAGUCCAGUCAAUCUAGGCAUCAAACUAAUAGCAACAGAACUGGUUUCAACGCCAUUUAAGUAAGGACGGCCUAUCUAGCAACUGUGGGAGUUUUUUGUGGGGUGGGUCUGUGGCUAAUAUUAUUUAACAUGGGUUAUUACACACUUUAUGAGAAAUCAUGCAUUAUGGAAAUCGAACACUAGAAAAGUAAUAACUACCGAAAAAAAAGGAGUUGAAGUACCGGUUACUCAAGUGGUUCCCAAACAGGUAUACUGUGUGUAUGUGUGCCUUACUACAUGUGAAAUUUUGAGACCCGUAAAUUCUUCAUUUAGCGAUUUUUAAAAAUGUUUAUUUAUUCGCGACAAUUUAAAUUUAUGAUUUUGGGAACAUUUAAUUUAGCUGGUGCAAAUUAAUCACCCCAGUUUUCGAGAUUUCAGGAACUAAAAGUCAGUUCUGGGUCGUCUGGUUUCCCUGCAAUAGCAACUGUUUCAGCAAGAUAGUCAUUAUAUUCAAUAGAAACUCAAUCAUAAUUGUAACCUCACGAUCAAUCUUGUCUCAUUUGUUNCCCCCCCCCCCCACCCGUUUGGUCGGCACUGACUGGUUUACCCCGUCUUUAACUUUUACUUAGCAAGUCGAAACUCAAGAAAAAACUGAAGCAGAUGUCAAAUGCAGUAGGAUAGAGGGACAUUCCCCUGAAAAAAUUCAAACAGAAACUGAAGCCCAGACUGGUCAAAAGGGACGCGAAGAAACUGUUCUACAGCAGCUUCCUCAAAAGAACAAUGAAGCACCUCAGAGUAUGGAAAUCGCGUCAGGCCCUAGUGAGGAAAACAGAAAAGAUGAAAACAUGGAGGAAUUGGAUAAAACCUAUGUUAAACUUAGCCAUGAUGAUCCACCGGGUAAGAGAAAAGUUAAAUAAAGGAAUAUAUAAUGUAUGUGGUUCAAUUUUAUCAUUGGUUUAAUUUUUUUUUUUUUUGGUUUCAAACUGAUUAUGAUACAUUACCAUACCCAAAAACAAAAGAAAAUAAAAUUUAAACCAAGGAUAAAAUUGAACCACUCACAACAUAUACAUACCGAGAAGUUAAUCAUUCCGGCAGCCUUUUUAUUUCAAAUCUUUCCAAAACACUAAAAAUUUGCCGCAACACACCGCGCAAUGACAAACAAAACGAAGCAUCAGCUUAUUGGUAAAAACGUUUGUUAAUAAUGUUAAUGAGGGUAAGGAUAUGAGCUAAUCCACGAAUUACAAGCAAUGUUAACUUUUUUCAAAAUAAACGAAUUUAAGUAAAAUGGCCGAUUUGAAUAAGGAAGCUUAAAAUGAAGACAAAGUAGCUCCGAUAAAAAGCACAACUUAAGCUUACGUCUCGUUCUGUUUUCCCCUUCCCGCUGUUAUUUAGCUCUCUAGCUACAAUUCUCUUCAUCGACAAACAAAUACACGAAACUAUUCAUUUUUUUACGAGAAAAACCCUUGUAAGUCUUUAUAAUCCAUGCGUAAUGAGCGUGCGUGGCUCCAACAAUGUUGGAAGAGCUGUGCAGACGGAUCCAACAUUGUUGUGCUACGCUUCAGCGAUCACGGAACAAAUUAAAUGUUGGGAGUUUUUGGCUGAAAAGUUUGACCGGUUUCAAACUUUGCGCAACAACAUCCAACAACAUGCAACAGGGUGUGCAAAAGGACGCAACAUGUAACAUCCAAUAAUGUUGGGAGUUGUUGCCCUUCACUGUUGCGUCCGGGGCUUUAGAUCGUCAGGUGGGAAUUUGCUAGCAUCGUCAAUGAGAACUAAGGUCACAAAUUGGUGAUGGAUCAUUCCAGGUGGUUGCGUCCAAGUUAUGGAAUGCUCUACCGCGUGAGCCUCGCGAUAUUCCAAACUUGCAUACUUUUAAGAGCAAUCUUAGGACGUACCUUUUUAAGUUUGCUUAUGGCUGAAUGAAUUUUAAUCGUUAUAUAUCGAUUUUUUAGAUUUUUAUGAUGGAAGUGUAUAUGUUCUUAUUGUUUUGCUUACUGACUGAUAGGUUUGUAGUUGUUGCUUUUUUUUUUUCUUUUUCAUGCUUUUAUUACUAAUGUAAUGUGCCUUUGUUCAUUUUUAUGAAUACCUUCGCAAUAUAAGUAAUUAAAUUAUUAUUAUUAUUAUUAUUAUUAUUAUUAUUAUUAUUAUUAUUAUUAUUUAUCCGAGUCUCGCUCUAGAUCUCUGACGCCCUUUGUCUGGUUUAGCUUCGCUGCGGCUGCCGCCUACUUUCUCAUUUUCUCUUUCUCUUGAUCUGUUUCGAAAUUUGUGGACAUGACAAUUAAUCUAAGCUUAAUACUUUAGACAACACGGGUACAAAAAUAUUUCCCGCUUUCCGUUUUCGUCUUUAUUGACUCUUUAGUUAUCUCUGCUUUACAAGACUCAGGUAAAUAUGCGAUUCCCGCCAAAAUAACCUCGAGUUGCAUUUGGGUUGCCAUACCUGUUGAUUGAGUUAUUUUACAUUGGUAUGCCUGUGUUCGGACAGACGGUCGCUCGGGCGGUCGGUCUGUAGGUGUACGGUCACAUGAUUCCCAAAUUUUCUAAAGUUGGUAGAUUCAGGCGUUUCCGUCUCUGUCCCGUUAUGGCUCUUGGUACAUUUACUUAGCUAUGGGGCGCCGCGCGCGCGUGGAGCUCCGUUAUUUUUCUCCAGGAGCCUGAAUUCAUUUAUUUUGAUUCUUGUCUUGUUUUCUUUUACUUUGUUAUUUGUCUUGAUGAAAAAGAAAAAUACUCUUGGUUUUAGUGUUUCAUUUUGAUUUCCCAGCUAAUUUUUGUUUUUUUUUUCUUUCGAGAUUAUAUAUUUCAUGGAGAAUUCGUUGUUCCGUAGGUGUUUCCUGGAAGGGGGGCACUCCCUUAUUUGGCCUAGAUGGUAAUGUACCCCUGAGCGGGGCAUGGUUUUCAGGGUCUUGGAGCGGAAUCCUUUACAAGAAUGUGAAGGUUGGAUAUAAGCAGUCUAUACUUGUGAUACCGCCAACAAUUUUUGACCAAAAAAUCCAAUUCGGAUUGAAAAUUACUUACUCCUGUAUGUGAAACGAAAUGAAUCAGGGCCCUAAUAUAUGGUCUCUUUUCUUAAGCAGGAUCUGGGUAUGAAGGCCUCGGUGGCAAAACUUUACCCAAACUUUCCUUGAGUGCACCCCUCAGGUAUGACGUUUUUCUUGAAAUUAGUGAGCCUUUGGACUGGAGCGCGAUGUCCUGUAGUUACUUUUGUUUUAGAUUAACAUUUAUGCGACUGCUCUGAUGGUUGUUGAGGCAGCUUCCUCGGAACACACCCUCUCUGUCCGCCAGGUCUGAGAGGUAGGUCUGAGCGUCCUGGCCUUGAGUAUUGCUGACCCACUCUACAGAAGCUUGAAAAUCAAAAACGCCAUUUGAGAAGGCAAGCGCGAUAAAUUUUGGAAAUCAAAGAUUAAAUGAAAUACUAAAACGAAAAACUUUUAUCCUUUCUAAUCAAAGCCAAAAUAUCAAAAUCAAAGAAAAGAAGACAAGAAUUAAAAUAAGUGAAUUUUAUAAGUGAUACUGUGAUACUCCUCGAACACGGUAGACAGCAAAUUGGGUAAAAGUAGGAGCCCUGGUAGAAGAUAUUUAGUGAAAAUAUUGUAAAUCCCUCAUGGGCCAUCCGCUUGGGUCUAAUCUAACUCUUUUAUUUCUUUUCUUUACUUCAUUCAAUAAGGGCUCUUUCAGCUAUAUUUCAGACAAAAAGCCAGUAAGUAUUAGUAUAAAGGAAACGGACUACUUUCUUAAAAUCUUCAGAAGUCGAGAAGUAGCGAGAAUUGGGCAUUUGCUUGCCUUGUCAAUCCUGGGGGUGGGGCAUUUGCAAAUUUUGCGCUGCCCGGGGGCCGGGCAUUUGCCAACCCCGAACUUUUGACACGCACGCGGUUUCCUAUCAGAAUAUAACUACACUGAGGAUUUUACUGGAAAAACAAGCUCAUCUGUCAAGGACAGGAAAAAAUUGAAGAGGUUUAUAAAGGCAUGUUUUCGAUUUUAUGCAUGCAUUUCCUCAUUGCUUAUCAAGCCAGAAUUACAUAGCGAAAUCGGGAGCUAUCGACGUGAAUCAAAGUCUUUUGGGUUAUUGAAUCAAAUUUCUCUAGAUGUUAUUUCAAGAACGUCCUUUCAUAUUUAUAAAACUAUUCAUAACAGUUAACUUUACAGCGCACUAUUAAUUCUAGUGUCAAUAAUUUUAUGGCAAUACUAAAACCAUAAACUGGAAUGGUCACGGCCUGAAGUCUUAAUUAGAAUAGCACUAUCAUUACAAAGGAAGACGUUAGUUGAAACAAAAAAAUCGCACAUUAAAAUGCUUAAAAUAGCACUACUCGACUGUGCGAUCAAUGAAAAAUGUUGCAGUGUUGAUGGAAGACGGGGCAUUUGCCCUCUUUUUUCGUCCCCACUCCGGGGCAUUUGAAGCUCAAGAGUCCCCCCCCCCCUGGAAUUUGCCACCCAAGCCAAAAAAAAUGCUAAUGCCCGGGAGUCAGCCCGGAGGGGGCUGUUGAUGGAAGACGGGGCAUUUGCCCUCUUUUUUCGUCCCCCCUCCGGGGCAUUUGAAGCUCAAGAGUCCCCCCCCCCCUGGAAUUUGCCAUCCAAGCCAAAAAAAAUGCUAAUGCCCGGGAGUCAGCCCGGAGGGGGCUGGGCGCAGCUGGAAUUGACUGAUGCAUUACGUAGGAAAGAUGUUUAUUGAUUCAUUGUUGAUGUUUUAGGGGUUUUUUGGUUUUGUAAUUUUUUUGCCUAAUUUUUGUAAUUAAAGGUAUUCCGGGGGGAUCCGUUCCGUGGGGGGAGGGGUGUCCUGAGGAUGUUCCGGGGGCUUUCCGGGUUUUACAGACACCCCUACGAAGCAAUAGUCUGCUACCAAGAGAGAAUAAUUUUCAUUCUCUCUUGUCCGCUACACAGCCGUUUUUAGUGUCGGCACGUAACGUUCCUCCCGCAACCUUUGUGGGGAGGAGCGAUUGAGCGACUGAUUGGAUGUAUCUUUUUUUUUUCACGUGGGAAAUACAUAGUUCGCCUCCGUUUUUCAUUUACAGAGGAAAGAUGUUUAUUGAUUCAUUGUUGAUGUUUUAGGAGCAUGGCUAAUUUAUCGUACACGGAAGUAGCUAACCCCAUGCUGGCCUAUUUAUUGUUCAGUGACGCCCCGAGCAACUUGUUGAGCCAACACUCUCCAGAGGUUUUCUUCCAGCAUUAAAGUUGCUUGGGCGGUCGGCCAGCGUAAAGUCUUCCAGCAGUAAAAUUGAGUGGGCGGUCGGCCAGCGUGUUGUAGGUUGACAUAUCUGCUGGGUGGGGAAAAGCAUGCACUUGGUCUUAGUAAGAUUCGAGGCAUGGCCGGAAUCCUUAGAUUACGCGCGGUCCAUGCGUGGUGAGAGAACGAUUCAAAUCUCUCACCCACUGCACAGUGCAGGGUAAAUGUAGGACCUGCAGUUUGCGAACAAGCUGUAGAUGGAUCGAGGUUAUUUGCAGAUCUGGCACAUACGAGAUGAAGAUCAUCGGCCAAAGGAUGAUCCCCUGAGGCCAAAUAAUAAAACGUCCCUUCAACCAUUUGAGACCCAUCCCGGCCCAUAGAAAUAAAAACAUACACUGAAAACCAUACCCUCUUAGUUUUACCUAGCUUUUGUUAUUUUUGUACUAGAGUAUACAAUGGAUAUGAUGGAUACAAGUCCCCCACGGGAAAACAUAGCGAUCCUUAUCCGGGAGGAGUCUGAUCUUAAAACCAUAAUGGAAGUGUUUGGUGAUGCAGUCUUACAGAGCAUUAAUUUUGUCACAUCGAGAGAUCCAUGCUCUAUGAAGGAUUUACUCCUUUCGCAAUUUACGCCAGUGAGAUCCUGUUUUGUUAUUGUUGAAUCUACGAAAAUAAAAGAGGAAUUUCUGACGAACUCCAGCAGAACAGUUUACCAAGAGCUCCUGAAAACUGCGAAUAGGAUUAUAGGUAAGAACAUUUUCUCUACCCUUCCCUGCACACUUCAUUGUUAUACCAGGAGAUCCUUUGUAUGAAUUUGUAACCAAUUUGGUUUAAAACCAUGUUACUUCUUAUGCAUUUAGAAAUUUUACGUUUUAUCUCCUGACAGAAACCAUGAAAUUAAACCUAAACUGAAGCGUUGAGAGGCAUGUUCUGAUGUUCUUUCUUUGAUGGCACAUUCUGAUGUUCAUUUAUUUUUUCAAAAAAACAUUGAAUGAAUAAAAGCUUCCAUGACAUCAACGAAAAACGUAUGCUGUUGCAGUCAGUUCUGAACGCAACGUGGCGUGUUGUCAGAGUACUGGACGUUCAAUCGGCCGGCAGUUGCAGGAUCUAAUCUUACUGUGACCCCUGGGUGCAGUCGUGUUAGUACCACCAACUCUUUGGCCACAAUUGUAAAAAGCCAAAAGGCUUGCCGUCUGCUAAUUAGGAUUCUAAACACUGUUGUUUGAUUUAAAUUUUUGGGUCUAGUAUUUUGCUGUGCCACACAAAGUUUUGUAUUAUAAAAACUUUCGUAUAAAACAUAAGAAUAUUCAACUUACGCUUUCGAGCGAGAGGCUACCCGAACAACCUAACAGAUAAAACACUCUCGGAAGUCAGAUUCUCUCACAGAGAAAAAAGCUCUCAAAGAAAAUACAAGAGUGCAAAAGAACCUCCGAUUAUUUCUUAUAAAAGAGGCAGUUCAUUAAGAGAUACAAUGGUUAAAGCCAAACGGUAGUUAAUCUCUUUAACGCUACAUGUAGAAAAGCAAUUACAUUCAUGCGACACGUUUGCGGGAUCUGUGAAUGGCCUGUCACUAUUUAUUUACCAUGUUGAUAUUUUUGGACAGAGCCCCUUCCUGCUGCGUGGGAAACUUUCACGUCCACGACAAAGACUACCAGAACACAUGUACGUUCUUCAACAAUAUCUACUACAAUAUUCGAGCCUACACCAUCUCCUUCAGGGAAAUACCAACCAGUCCAUGUAGAAACCUACUAACGCUUCUCAAUCAGAGAACGGAAUAUUCGCAUGGCCAAAAAACAGAAAAAUAGACAUGCAAAGAAACACAACCUACAUCAGGAUCGACAAAUCAGAUACUUAUUGGCCAAUUUCACUGGGCCAAUCAGAGAACGCUAUUUUCGAUCCAACACUCUGUUAGACACUGGUAUAAAACCUGUAAACACUGCCUGCACAAACACCACUCAGUUACUCCAAAUAGCAGCAACUGACGAGUUCCGCUAUAGGAACGAAACCGGUCUUGCUUAAGAAUCUCAGAGAAAAACACCAAAGUACAGAGAGAUUGCCUGAUCACAAAGUGGCAACAACAAAGCAGUCUAAGGACUGUUAACCUAUUUCAAAACAAGCUAUUACCACUGGAAGAACUACACGCUCCAGUCAAAAGAUUCACACGUCUAUCUUUAGAAAAACACUAGGCUGGAGUUUACUGAGUCACACUGCAAUUCUCCACAGUUGAUGUAGCUUCAGUUUAAGCUGCACUUCAUUCUUAAAAUCUUGGAUCUGUAAAACACUAUCCGUGACAAUUUAACAUUCUGCAAAGAGAAGUUACGAGCUGGGCCCAGCAUGAUACAACAUUGCAGAAAAACAUCUCAUUCACGGACUAGAGAAAACCGCUUAGUUAUUCAGAUCUAUAAGGCACUUUGGAGAAAAUUAGAGCCCUUAUUUAGCCGCAAUAAAAAGCUUUACGCUUUAAAAGACUGAGGUCGUACAAAAUGCUCUUGCAUCAGAGGGCAAAUCCUGCCGACCAUAAAACCACAGUAAAUCGAUAUAUGUGCCAUGACCUCUCAGUGGGAAACAAACGGCUAAAAUCACAUUUGUUCAGUCAACAUGUAGAACCUUCCAGAGCAUAAUCAAACCUGAGACUACUAAGCACUAACUCUUCAGAGAAAGACUUUCGUAGAAAACAUAAGAAUAUUCAACUUACGCUUUCGAGCGAGAGGCUACCCGAACAACCCAACAGAUAAAACACUCUCGGAAGUCAGAUUCUCUCACAGAGAAAAAAGCUCUCAAAGAAAAUACAAGAGUGCAAAAGAACCUCCGAUUAUUUCUUAUAAAAGAGGCAGUUCAUUAAGAGAUACAAUGGUUAAAGCCAAACGGUAGUUAAUCUCUUUAACGCUACAUGUAGAAAAGCAAUUACAUUCAUGCGACACGUUUGCGGGAUCUGUGAAUGGCCUGUCACUAUUUAUUUACCAUGUUAAAUUUUUGGGUCUAGUAUUUUGCUGUGCCACACAAAGUUUUGUAUUAUAAAAACUUUCCAUGUAAAUAUAGUAAACCAAUUUCCAAUUUGUCUUUUCAUUAACAGAGAAGAAGAUUGUUGUAAUCCUUUGCAGUGAAGGAAAAAGCCUUACUCCUAGUGAAGAAGAAAGCAUCACAGCUACAAUUAAAGGGCGUCUCGGAACAAGAGGCUUGGUCUUUUGGUGCAAGGAAGACAACAAAACUAAGCGAUCACACUCUCCUCCAGCUUGCAAUCUUGCUCUCUCAACGCAUGUAGAACGUUCCAUAAACCCUGAAGAGUUUACUCUAGUUUUGAAGACCCGUUUGCUCCGGGGAAAGAUUUCAUACGAUGAAAAAGACGUGAAAGUAAGGCUGGAAGGAUGGACGGCUCCUCAGAAGAUGGCCGACAAUUUGUUGACAGAGUGGGAAACUAUCAACAGUGCUGAAUUAUCAGUAUAUCGCGAGAACAAAACUGGAAAAGAGGGCACAGUUGUUCGGGAUUUGGAAAGCCGUUCUAAAGGUGCCUUAGGGCAAUCCGGGUUGACGAGUGUCCGGGAAAGAGUCGCUGACGGGGCAAACGCGAUUGGUACCGAAAAAGACGAAGACAUGGCGGAUGAAGAAGUACCCUUUGUUCUUGUCAGCCCAGGUGAUUUACAAUGCUUACAAGGUAAGAGGGAUUUCAUGUGUAAUGGUAAAAAAGAGUAGCGUACUACUACUACUACUUAUAAUAAUAAUGAUAAUGAUGAUAAUGAUGGUCAGUAAUUAACAGUAUUUUUAUACAAGAUGGUACAUUAUAAAGCUGGUUGAAAUUAUAUUUGAACAUACAAUCACUGUUCAAGGUAAAUUUAAAAAGACACUACUUUAAAAAAAUAAAAAAAGGAAUUUUACUGCGCCCUUUCAAAAUAGUGAAGGUCCCUUAAGAAAGAGGAGGAAAAUUGGUGCAGGAUUUCCCUGGAACGGGUAACAAAUUAACAAAUUUGGACGCGCAGUCUUAAAAGGUAUUCGAUACCGGCAAUAUUGCAACGUUGAAGAUCAUCGGCCUAAAGAUGGACCCUUGAGGCUAAAUAACAAAACUUGCCUUCAACCAUUUGAGACCCAUCCCGGCCCAAAAAUAAAAUGUAUACAUUCCCUCUUGUUUUUUAACUACCUUUUGCUAUUUUUGUACCAGAGGAUUCCUUGCCAAAAACAGAACCUAAACGUACCCGUGCCAAAGGAGUGGAUACAAGUCCCCCACAGGAAAGCAUAGCGAUCCUAAUCCGGAACGAGUCUGAUAUGAAUACCAUAAAGGAAGUGUUUGGUGAUGUCUUACCUGUCACUUUAAACGAUCCGCGCUCUAUGAAGGAUUUACUCCUCCGGCAAAGCACGCAAGUGAAAUCCUGUUUUAUUGCUGUUGAAUCUACAAAACUGCUGACGAAAUCAAGCAGUGAAGUUUAUCUAGAGCUACUGAAAACUGCCAAUGAGUUUGUAGGUAAGAACAUUUCCUCACCCCUUUUCCCUGCACAAUUCGUUGUUUUACCCACAGCGUUGAGGCGUUAACCCAGUUACGCCCUAUCUCCUGACAAAAAAACAUGAAAGUUAACGUAAAAAGAAGCGUUGUGAGGUAUUUUGUCUAAACUGUUCUGAUGUUUUUUCGUCUAAAAAAAGAAUGAAAAACAGCUUUCCAAUAAGCACAAUAUACUGUUUCAGUCAGUGAUGAACGCAGCGUGCCGUGUUGUUAGAGUACUGGACGUGGAAUCCGGCAAUUCCAGGUUCUAGUCUUACGGUGACCCUGGCUGUAGUAGUCAUUUAAGUAGCACCAACUCUUUGGCCAUAACUGUAAAUGGCCAAUAGGUUUGCCGCCUGCUAAUUAUGUUGUUUGAAUAUUUUCUUUGCCUCACAAGGUUUUCUAUUAUAAAAACUUUCCAGGUUAAAGAAAGUUUUUUUGGUAAGGGUACAAUAGCGUUCGAUACCAGCGGUCUUUUUUUAUUCGUGUCACAAGAAUUUGGUACUCACUUCCGUCAGAGUUAAUAUCAAAUACGUUAUGCUUAGCCCAGUUUAAGAGACUUCUUAUGGAUUACUACAUGUAUGCCACCGCCCCACGGACUUGCUAUAAUGUAUAGAGGACCCCAGAACAUGGAAGACAAUUUGUCUAAAAUGUAACUACGCUCGCACUCUAACUAGCCGCGUCGCCUGCUGCUUUUAGCCUUUCCAACUAGCCUUUCUUUUUCCAAUCCUAAUGUUGCUUUUAUUUUUGAUAAUUUGUCAAUUUUCGGGCCAAGAGUAAUUGGUUUAUUUGUUGUGGUGACCCUGCCAUGUAUGUAUAUGUAUGUUAUUAUUAUAUUAUUUUUUAUUUUUGGGAAGUUUCAUAAAUAAAUAAAUAAAUAAAUGAUGUAGUAACCAAUUUCCAGUUUGUCUUUUCCUUAACAGAGAAAAAGAUUGUUGUAAUCCUUUGCAGUGGAGGAAAAAGCCUCACUUAUAGUGAAGAGGAAAGCAUCACAGCUACAAUUAAAGAAAUUCUCGGCGAAAAAGUCUUAGUUUUUUGGUGCAAGGGGAACAAUAAAACAAAACGUUCCAGUUCUAUUCGAUCACAAUCUCUUCCAGAACAUCAAAAAAACCCUGAAGAGUUAGUUUUAAAGACUCGUUUGCUCCGAGGAAAUAUUUCAUACGAUAAAAAGGACGUGAAAAAUAUGGUGGGAGAAUGGACAGCUCCUCAGUUCAUUGCCGAACGUUUGUUGAGAAAGUGGCAAACUACCGAAAGCGCUGAAUUGGCAGUAUACAGAGACUUGAAAACUGGAGAUGUGCGCACAGUUGUGACUGAGGACUUGGACAGCCGUUCUAAAGGUGUUUUAGGACGCGUCGGGGUCACGAUUGACGGGCCAAACGUUUCUGGGUGGAUGAGCAUCGGGGCAAACUUUUAUGAUGCCUUCAGGCAGUACGGGUCAAACCUGAUGAGUGGGAGAGUGCCUGGUACCAUGGCCACUGGGUCGAUCGUAAGUGAAGAUAGUCGUCCCGAAGAAAGCAGCAACAUUUCCUCUGCUAACAGUAAUCAAGAUCUAGAACAAGAACAAGAGUAGACGAGACUAGACUUGACUAGAACAAGAGUAACAUAUAGGAGUGACAGUAAAGGAGCAAUGCCUUAUUUGAAGGAAAUUUGA